CAGAAGAGUCUUUCACUUAAUGGGAGCUCACAGGACCAUGGCAAAGAUUUAGCUAUGACUUUCCAGCCUUGGAUGGAUAAUACCUGGUAACAGCUGCCAUGUUUACAUGUAAUGGCAGCUCAUUGGAGGGUUGUGGCCUUCUUGAACCAAUAGAAACUGAGAUGCAAGAAUCUGAUACUGCCCUUAUGCCCACCACUCUCAGGGUGGCACUGGCUGCCAUCAUGAUCUUCAUGAUCACCAUUGGUUUUCUUGGCAAUGCCAUUGUGUGUCUGAUAGUGUAUCAGAAACCAGCCAUGCGUUCAGCGAUUAAUCUGCUCCUGGCCACACUGGCUUUUUCAGACAUCAUGCUGUCGCUGCUAUGCAUGCCAUUCACUGCCGUCACUCUCGCAACUACGGACUGGAGCUUCGGAGUAGGAUUCUGCCGCAUAUCCGUCAUGCUUUACUGGCUGUUUGUUCUAGAAGGUGUGUCUAUACUUCUGAUCAUCAGCGUGGAUCGGUUCCUCAUUAUAGUUCAGCGGCAGGACAAGCUGACACCCCAUCGGGCGAAAAUUCUUAUUGCCGCGUCAUGGGCUCUGUCUCUUUGUGUGUCCCUACCAUCUGUGGUCGGCUGGAGGACGGCAGCGAUUGGAGCACAAGUACCGCAGUGCAUUCUGGGAUACAGUGAAUCGCUGGCGGAACGGGGUUAUGCGGUUCUGCUUGCUGUCGCUGUGUUUUUUGUUCCAUUCGGUGUGAUGUUGUAUUCCUAUCUGUGUAUUCUCAACACGGUUCGACGCAAUGCGCUGCGCAUCCAUAAUCACACCAGCGAAGGCAGCGUCGCUAUUAACCAUGUCAGCAAGUUGGGUUUAACCGGUCUGCAGCGACCCCAAGUCAACGUGGACAUGAGUUUUAAAACCAGGGCCUUCACCACCAUCCUCAUCCUGUUCAUUGGCUUCUCCGUGUGUUGGCUGCCACAUACGGUGGUGAGUCUGCUGGCGGUGUUCAGUAGACGCUUCUACCUCAGCCCGGCCUUUUACCCCAUCAGCAUCGGGGCACUGUGGUUGAGUUACCUCAAGGCAGUCUUCAACCCGGUGAUAUACUGUUGGAGAAUCCGCAAGUUUCGUGAAGCCUGCCUGGAGUUCAUGCCCAAGACCUGUCAUCUCUGUCCCAAGAUUCCCGGGCGAAGUCGCAGGCGUAUAAGACCCAGCAACAUCUAUGUGUGCAGCAGUGAGACCCAGUCUUCUGUCUAGGAUUUGCACCAAAGUAUAAUGAAGAUAAUGUUAAGAUAUGAAACAUUUAAAGUCAUGUUUUCAAAGAACACUUAUGAAUUGAAAACUUGACAAAUAACUCCUCCGACCAUAAUCUGCAGUGAUGAAGGAAACACCAUCUGCUGUCUGAAAUUCACCAGAGCAAUAUUCAUAUAUGUUCCUG